AUGACGCAGCACCAGCUCCUGGUUACCUCUAGUCUAUUGUUCUCCCCGCAUUUCUUCUCAGCUCGUGCUCAAUUCAAAUACCUUAUAUUACAAAAAAUUGAUUACAUAUUUUGUCAUUACGAACAUCCGACGACCAAAAUAAGGACAACGGUAAGAUUCAGAGAUUCAGAAUCGAAUGAGCAAUCGGAUAGCAAAAAGGAGAAAGGUGACGAGAUGCGACCCCCCGUGAGGUUUCCCGCGCGGGGCACCCGCCUGUCGAUAAUGUCUCAUACCAGUUACCGACAAGAACUUCACCUGCGUAACGCUUCGAUUCCGUGGUUGACCCCCCAUACGAAAUGGACCCCCUGCUUGCGUCAUGUCGAUUUCUUGACUUCGAUUGUCCAGUCUCGCGGAAAUAACGAUACGUCCGUAUGGAAAAAGCGACAAAUGCCACCGAGUGCGCUUUCCUCAUUUGACGAACUUAUACGAAGAAUAAAUCUUGUGGCGCGAUUGAUUGCACAUAUAGAUAUAUCUUACGUACGGUGAACGAGGGAAUAUCGCAAAUUCCGUGACGGUACGGAUGGCAAAGGCAUUCUGGCGUAGCAAUUACCUGCAGGGCGAGGGAGUCAAGUAGCAAUAUCUGGACCUGUUAUCCAGUUCGGUUAUCCCGACUGGAAUGCUUUGUGUCGCCGGCAAUCUGCAUUUCUACCUGUUUGAAUGGAAGUCUAUGAGAUUCGCGGCAUGAUUUCAAAUGAAAUCGACUCUUUGUCCUCCGGCCGGAAAUUUCCAAUUCAAUAACGUGCUCAGGGAAACGCUGCAGAAACGACUGAUUGACUGAUAUCUACCCAGAAUUGGAUGGGACGCGAAAAAAUAGAAAAGUUUUUCUAUCCAUCGUCCAUCAUUGGAGAAACUCGAAUGCCUUAUAUUUAGUCAAGAUUUUAGUUUUGAGUUGAAUUAUUGAAUCUUAUUAACAUUUUUUAAGUAUUAUCUUAAAAUUUCAUAUAAUUUUUUAAGUUUCAUCACUUAGAAACAAGUAUUAAUAAAAUAUUUGAAAUAUUGAAUUUCAAAGAA